GCAAGGAACAGGCUCCUCCCCAUACAGUGACGUUUAGCUGUAAGCCACGCCCAAUGCGGAAAGAAACAUCGCAACCACAAUGUGCGGCUACAGAUUGUUAUAAAGCCACUGCUGUAAUAUUGGUCUCUGCAGUUUAGUCUAACCUUACCUGAUUUAUCUAAUGUCCAUACAUCACACCGGACGAGACAAUGGAAUCGGCAGAAGUAAAAGUUGCAUUUGUCAGCAAUCACAAUGGGACGACCCUUACGGAGGUUUCGCUGGGAUCCUUCUUAGCCCCGCUGUGUUUUCUCAGCCGAGGACUCUUCCUGAUAGUCUUCCAUCUUGGAAAAGGGGUUCUUCCGUUCUCCUGGGGAGCCCAUCUCCUGCUGGACUUCACUGCACUAAUAAUGCCUUUGGUCCUGUCAUGCACCGCACUGAGCGACAUCCUUCACUUUGUCAUCAUGGGCAUCGCUGUAGUUGACUUAGUUGUCCUAUACCUCGUUUACAAGAACGGAAAGCAUCCGUUUCAAGGUUCCCUAUACAGUACGAUUGACAGGUUUGUGCAAAGCAGAGUAGAAUCCAACCUGGUCCCGUUUGUGACCGUGUUUCGAGUUCUGGUCAACGUGAAGACCGCCAUAAGCAUUUUGGCUGUUGAUUUUAGUGUCUUCCCAAGACGUUACGCGAAAACAGAGACGUAUGGAACGGGGGUGAUGGAUUUCGGCGUCGGAGCGUAUGUAAUGGCCAACGCAUUGGUGUGUCCCGAAGCAAGAGGAAAGGACAUUCAAGGGUCGAAGAUCAGUCAUGUGUUUAAACAGUUCAUUUCCGUCUGGCCGUUGGUCUUGUUAGGGUUUGUGAGACUUGCGAGCGUCAAAUCAUCAGGCUACCAUGAACAUAUGACAGAGUAUGGAGUUCACUGGAACUUCUUCUUCACGUUAGCCAUCGUCAGAGUGGUGGCGUCUGCACUUCUGGCUAUUUUUCCUGUGAAUGCCUCAGGGCUUCUUGCUCUUCUCAUUGGUGGAACCUACCAGGUUGUUUUGGAGACAACAGGUCUGAAGUCCUUUCUCAUUCACAAUAAAGAGCGCACAGGCUUUCUGCAGGCGAACAGAGAGGGCAUCUUCUCAGUUGUGGGUUACAUCGCCAUCUAUAUGGCUGGGGUUCAGGUUGGCCGUUACCUCAUGCAGAGCAGAAAUUUGGUUAAAGACUGGAUCAGAGUGAUCCGUAACCUUCUGUUAACCAGUUUUGGGUUGUUCCUCAGUCUUUACAUAUGCCAGAUAUGCACUGAGCCAGUGUCACGCAGAAUGGCCAACCUUUCCUUCUGUAUUUGGACUGUAGCACAGUCUUUAUUCUUUCUCUCCUGCUUAAGCAUAGGUGAUUUACUGCUACUUUUUUCUAAAGCCAUCUCUAAUUUUUCAUUUGUGUCUGCAUCGUGGUGUCCAUAUCAAAACAAGAAGUCUUCACUGGAUGAGAAAAUGAGGAAAAAUAUGGAUGCAUUAUGCCUCGUACAGUCUGUUAACCGGAAUCAGUUGUUAUAUUUCCUACUUGCAAAUAUCAUGACUGGUUUGACCAAUGUGUUAAUCGACACUCUGAACAGCAAUGAUGUUUUAGCUGUAAGUGUUUUGCUCUUUUAUAUGUUUAUGAACAGCUUAGUCAUAUUCAUAUUGCAUAUCAAUAACAUAACCAUUAAGUUCUGGUAAACACCCUUUCAUUUAGUUUCAGAUUACACUGUAUUUUUUUUUAUUUUUUUUAUUUUUGAAUGGCUCUUGCGAAACUGCUGUGAAAUACACUGUAUAUUGUUUGCAAAGUGCAAGUAAAAUGAAAUGUGUAAUUUGUAAAUGUACUGCUACUGUGCAUUGCAUAUGAGAUAUGAAUCUAAAUAAUUUAUUUCAUGUUAAUAGAAGAACAGAAGAUUUUUGUAUUUUUAUAUGCUGCAAUCGGCCACCAAUUCAUUUAACUUUUUCCAUGAGUUUAAUCAUCUUUGUGCCUUUGCAGUUCACAAUGUAGAUAGCCUGUGUGGUGAAUUGAUUAAAAACAUUCCAUGUAGUAAUUUAUUUAAUUGAUAAUG